CAAAAAAAAAAACCUUAGUUCGUUUGUUUACACUUUUGCAGCAGUUACAAUUCAGAACUUCAGAGUUAGAAAGCGCAAACGCCGUUCUUCUCUCUCUAACAUCUCAAAAUUGUUUCAGCUUUUUUUCAUUCUUACACCUUCAUUUCAUUGCAUAAAAAAACCUUUUUUCUUCUUCUUCUUUGUUUUGAAACAUGUUUCAACUCUCAGUUAAUUAUGAUGUUUGUUUUGUCAUUGUUGUUGCCUCAAUCACGGUGUCUUGUUUCCUCUUUGGUCUUUCAUGAAUCUUAUUUCUGGUUCCACAAUUUAUGAUUUUCUUGGAGGGAAUUUUCAGAACCUGAAAUUGGUUUUUUAUAGAUCUGAGAUUGGUGGUAUUGUUGGGAACCGCUUAAUUUGAUGUUCUGGGUUUGGUUAAUUUUUUUUGUUUGUUGAAAGUUGAGAUUUUUUUGGAUUUUGGUUUCUGGGUUUUGUUUAGAAGAUGAAGAUUGAAGUGGGUUUAGGAGGAAAUGGGUUAUGGAAUGAAGAUGAAAAAGCUAUGGUGGUUGAAGUUUUAGGUGUCAAAGCAUUUGAUUACUUGGUUACAAAAUCAGUUUCUAAUGAGAAUCUUUUGAUGGCUAUUGGAAGUGGUGAGAAUCUUCAAAACAAGCUUUCUGAUCUAGUUGAGAGAUCCAACGUUUCGAAUUUCAGUUGGAAUUAUGCAAUUUUCUGGCAAAUUUCUCAGUCAAAAUAUGGUGAUUGGGUUUUAGGUUGGGGAGAUGGGUGUUGUAGGGAACCAAAGGAAGAAGAAGAAAGAGAUUUAGGAAUGAAAAGUGUUGUUAGUUUGAAUUCUCUUGAGGAUGAAAAGCAACAAAGGUUAAGGAAAAGGGUGUUGCAGAAGCUUCAUACAACAUUUGGUGGUUCUGAUGAAGACAAUUAUGCUUUUGGAUUGGACCGAGUUACCGAUACCGAGAUGUUCUUUCUUGCUUCAAUGUAUUUCUCUUUUGCUAAUGGAGAUGGUGGACCAGGUAAGUGUUUUGCAUCUGGGAAGCAUUUGUGGCUAUGUGAUGCAUUGAAAUCUAGUAGCUCUGAUUAUUGUGUUAGGUCUUUCUUGGCGAAAUCGGUUGGAUUUCAAACUAUUGUUUUAGUUCCUACUGAUUUAGGUGUUGUUGAAUUGGGUUCUGUUAGAAUGGUAGAUGAAAGCUUUGAGUUGUUGCAAACUGUUAAAUCUGUGUUUUCGACACAAUCAUCGCAUUCUAGGGUUAAGUCGAUUUCAUCUUUGGAUGGAAAAAGAGGUGAGAAUGUGAAUGUGAAUGAGAAUGAGAAUGAUAAUGAGAUUGCCCCUUUUUCUUGUUUGAAAGUCGGCGAGAGUAUUAAGAACAAUAAUAGUAAUGGUAAUCUUCAUCUUCGUCGGAAUAGUAAUGAUAGUAGAGUAGAGGUGAUUGGAGUUCCGAAGAUUUUCGGGCAGGAUUUGAACUCGGCCACACAUUUUCGGGAGAAACUUGCGGUUAGGAAAAUGGAUGAGAGGCCAUCAUGGGGAGUCCGUCCGAAUGGGAAUGGAAUUAGUUUUCCGAACGGCGUUCAUGGUUCGGGUUGGAGAGCUGGUCAAGUCGUGAGGCAGCAUGUGCCUGCCGAUGUUUUUGCUCCUAGGCCUCCCACAAGUAAUGCGCCUGAGCUAGCCAAUGGUGGUGGGAGGCAUGAUUUUGUGCUAAACAACUAUCAUCAGCAACGAAAGGCGCAGAUGCAAAUUGAUUUCUCUGGAGCCACAUCAAGGCCUUCCGUGAGAUCGAUUGUCGGUGAAUCGGAGAUUUCUGACGUUGAGGCCUCUUGCAGGGAGGAUGCACCGAGUCCCUCCGACGAUAGGAGGCCGAGGAAGCGGGGUAGAAAGCCAGCUCACGGAAGAGUAGAACCUCUUAAUCACGUGGAGGCAGAGAGACAAAGACGCGAGAAGCUAAACCAGCGUUUUUACGCCUUACGAGCUGUUGUACCGAAUAUCUCCAAGAUGGACAAAGCAUCUUUAUUGGGAGACGCUAUCGCCUACAUCAACGAACUUCAAGCAAAACUCAAGACAAUGGAAUCCGAAAGAGAACAACAAUUUGCAACCACUUCUAGAGACGGAUCAUCAUCGGCAUUACCAACAAACACUAGACCGGAAAAUUAUCAAAGCAAAACUCCCGAAAUCAACAUUCAAGCUACACAAGAAGGCGUCAUCGUAAAGGUGAGUUUCCCUAUUGAUGUUCACCCUAUUUCAAAACUCAUCCAAGCAUUCAAAGACACCGAAAUCACUAUCCUCGAGUCGAAACUCAACGCUACAAACGACACGGUCUUCCACACAUUCAUAAUCAAGUCCCAAACUUCCGAGCAGCUUACAAAGGAGAAGUUAAUUGCAGCAUUUUCCAAAGAAUCAAACUCCUUAUAGCCAUAGUUCAUUCAUACUCAUGAUACAUAGAGAAGAACCAAAAAAUCUGCAUUUUUUCUCAGAAAUUUUGCCAUACAAAAGAGGAUCUAAAAACAAAAUGCAGUGUUAUCUAGUGAAGUAGAAUAAUAGGCAAUAGCUCCUAUUAACCGUGUAGCAUAGCAAAUUUUAUGUUUGUCUAUAGUAUUAUACACAUUUUAUUUAUCAUCAUAAGUAUUAUUCCUGCAAAUUUCAUUGUUUUGCUUAGUUUUAACCAAUCUAAAGCAUUCUACUUUUGAUUCAUAGGAGUGCAUUUUUUGUCCUUCAUCAUGUUCUUUUUCUUGUACUCCACCAAGUUCUGUGCAUAACAGCAAAACAUUAGUUAAUUGUUUGCUUCUUUUGUCA